CGCGAGGACGCCCCCGCCCUGCCCUCCGGCGCGCCGACAUGGAGGAGCUGCAGCGGGAGGCCGACGCGGCGGAGCUGCAGCGUCUGGUGGCGGCCGAGGAGCAGCGCGCCCGCCUCACGGCCCAGGUUCACAAUUUCAUGGAAGUCUGCUGGGAAAAAUGUGUCAACAAACCAGGCUCUAAGCUGGACUCCAGGACUGAAACCUGUCUGACCAACUGUGUCAAUUGCUUCAUAGACACAACACUGACGAUCACCAAUCGCUUUGCACAGAUAGUUCAGAAAGGCAAGCACUGAUGGUGGUACAGAGGCCUACUUCGGUUAUGGACUUGGCAGUAACCCGUAUUCUUUGGAUUUGUUCCUGGUCAUAAGUCCUACCUCAGUGUAGAAAUGGCUAACCAGUCACUUAGGCAAGUCUAACUGCUCUUUCCUGUGUGGUAUUGAACAGGGCCAUGUAAAAUUAUCUCUUGCCUACAUGCAAGCUAAUAAAGAGUUGCUAAACAAA